GUCGACGGAGGGUGUGAUUGGCGGGGCCCUGGUCAUGGCGGCGGUAGCUUAAGCGGCGGCGGGAAAGCCGCUGUGCGGACUGACGGAUUCGCCCGCCAGUCUUUGGGUCCCGCCCAGUGUUUUGAGCUGUGUUCAAGUUUCGUUCCGCCCCUCGAUCUGGAGCUGCGGUCGGGGCCCAGUGGACCGGAGCAGCAGGGAUGGAGAGCCCAGACCUUGGGGACAGCGUACCCCCCUCCAUCACCCUCAGAGAGAGCCUAGUUCCAGACCCGCCUGGGGACCUCUGGCAAGUCGUUAACCCCUCUCGAGCCUCAGUUUCACCAUCUAUAGAAUGGGAGCAGGGGAAUCGCUCUUGUGUGGGUCUUUCUAACCUUCAACACGAGGUGACGGACACCUGGAGCUAUCGCCCCUGUGCGAACGACUUUGGGGGACUGGGGAGCUUGGAGGACAAGGGAGGUUUUGUGAUGCAAGCAGUUAGCCUGGGUCGGAAGGGCCUAGGAAGAAGUGGGAGCAGAAGCCAGGAAGAUGCUGCCGUUGGGCUGGGAAGAGUGGAAGAUGGGAAGGAACUGGUGCUCGGCAGUGGGUGUAGCUCCCGUCUCCGCGAGCCUGCUGCUUCUGCUCAGUGUGGAGGCACUGCAGGGGCAGGAUGCCGGGAGCCCGUCACGUGUGGAUGGGAGAGGGUUGUGAAGCAAAGGCUCUCUGGGAAAACUGCAGGAAGAUACGAUGUCUACUUCAUCAGCCCACAAGGACUGAAGUUCAGAUCGAAGCGUUCACUUGCUAAUUAUCUUCUCAAAAAUGGAGAGACUUCUCUUAAGCCUGAAGAUUUUGACUUUACUGUACCGUCUAAAGGGGGCAUCAGGUCAGGUUAUAAAGACCAAAGCUUGGCAGCUCUGACUUCCCAGCAGCCAGAGGAAAGUGACCUUUCAAACCGGAACCUCAGGACACGGAGCAAGCAGAAAACAGAUGUGUUGCCUCCACCAAGUGGUAAUUCAGAGUCGCCAGGCAGCAGCAGCAGGCUGUUGAACUCUGUUCAUUUGAAAGAUGAGGACGUUCGUGACGCCAGCUCUGGAAAGAUGAGAAAGCCCAGACGAAAGGUGGCUGCUUCGAAAGGAAUUGGAAGUGAGAGAACCAAACAGAGGCGCAGGAAGAGCCUCUCAGAUUCUGCUCGAGGUAACAGAGAAAGAGAAUCUGCGGUUCAGGAAGCAGACGCCGAAAGGGAGCUGGUUCCACAGGAAUGUCAGCUCAACAGAACCCUCUGCCCUGCUGAUGCCUGCACAAACCAAGAGACUGUCGGCCAGGCUGGGGAAAAGCCACUGAGUCCAGGAUCAGACCUUCAUUCCACCCAAGUAGCUUCUGGCCUUACAAACAAAUUACAUUCAACUGAAGACGCAGGUGAUGGGAAGCGUGAGCAGACUUUUUUAGAAUUAGAGGAAAUCAGAUCAAAGGGCGACCAAGAUGAGGAGGCACAUUUGCAUAUCGACGUUUCACAGAGUAGCUCUGAAAUGCCCAGCGGCUCACAAGCCAAGAAACACUUCACUUCUGAGACGUUUCGAGAAGACAGCAUCCCACGAACUCAAGUAGAAAAAAGGAAAACAAGCCUGUAUUUUUCCAGCAAGUACAACAAAGAAGCUCUUAGCCCUCCAAGACGAAAAGCCUUCAAGAAAUGGACUCCUCCUCGGUCACCUUUUAAUCUUGUUCAAGAAACACUUUUCCAUGAUCCAUGGAAGCUCCUCAUCGCAACCAUAUUUCUCAAUCGGACCUCAGGCAAGAUGGCCAUCCCUGUGCUUUGGGAGUUUCUAGAGAAGUACCCUUCAGCUGAGGUGGCCCGAACCGCUGACUGGAGGGAUGUGUCAGAGCUUCUUAAGCCUCUUGGUCUCUAUGAUCUCCGUGCAAAAACCAUCAUCAAGUUUUCAGAUGAAUAUCUGACAAAGCAAUGGAGGUAUCCGAUUGAGCUUCAUGGGAUUGGUAAAUAUGGCAACGACUCCUACCGGAUCUUUUGUGUCAAUGAGUGGAAGCAGGUAAGCCCACCACCAGCCAUAACAUAUCCAGCACAUUUGUCUCUAGGGCAAAAUAAGUCUACCAGUAUGCCUAGAUGUAUGAGACAGGGGCCCUGCUGUAGUCCCAACCAGAUUUGCCCUCAGUUCAAGGAGCAACAGGGGCAGGAGGGACUCCUCGGGUGCUGCCCGAGUCCCUUUGCUGUGGCCUCUGACUGACUUGAGCAGUCUGUCACUCCUGACCCUGUUGCAGUGUUUCCCAUCCAUGUUCUGUCUCUAACACUGGCAGGGUUUCUUCCUGUUAAAAAGGAGCCCCUAGUGCUGGGAAGGGAUGGCUUGGCCGGUAAAGCACUUGCCCUGAAGAAUGAAUUCAGAUCCCCGGAACUUACAUAAAAGCCAGGCAUGGUGGCAUGCAAGUGCAGUCCCAGCACUGUGGGGGCAGAAACAGGAGGGGCCUGGGAGUUCCUGGAGGGCCCUGUCUAAGCUCCUAGACCAGGUAGCCUGGCCUGUGUGGUGAAGUUCAGGCCAGUGAGAGACCCUUUCUCAAACAAAAAGUGGAAGGUGGGCCAGGGACAUGGCUUAGUGGGUAAACGUAUUUGCUGCAUGAGCCUGGCACCUGAGCUCCGUCCCUGGAACCCACAUAAAGGUGGAGGUAAAGAACUGACUCUACAGUUGGAGAGAUGGC